GGCGGGCGGGGACUGACGGGGGGCGUGCAGGGGUGCGGGCCAGCCGCAGGUCGCAGGCAUGGCUGAGGCCAGGAAGCGGCGUGAGUUGCUUCCCCUGAUCUACCAGCAUCUUUUGAAGGCAGGCUACGUGCGCGCGGCGCGGGAAGUGAAGGAGCAGAGCGGCCAGAAAAGUUUCCCGAAUGAGCCUGUAACCCUCCUGGACAUCUAUACGCACUGGCAACAAACCUCGGAGGUUGGCCGGAAGCGGAAGGCAGAGGAAGAUGCGGCAUUGCAGGCCAAGAAGGCUCGGGUGUCAGACCCCAUUAGCAGUUCCGAGAGCUCAGAGAGCUCAGAAGAGGAGGCGGAGGCAGAAGCUAAAACUGCCAAAGCGGCCCCAGUCGUGGGAGCGGUGUUGCCAUCACGCGUGAAGGAAAAGGCCAAGGCAACAACUGAGACAGCCAACAAGACCGUGAACUCCACACCACACCCUGCCCCUGGACGGGCCCACCUCCUCUCCGGAAAGUCACCCAAAAAGUCAGCAGGGCCCUUGGUGAAUACCGUCCUGGUCUCAGAAGUCAAGUCGUCGAGCAGUGUCUCAGCCCUCAGAACCACCACCAAGCCCAAGCCUGGAACAGCAUCAUCGGGCCAGGCCACCAGCUCCAGCGAGGACACCUCCAGCGAUGAGACGGACUUGGAGGUGAAACCCCCAGUAAACCCACCACAGGCCAAAGCCUCGCCAGCCCCUGCCAAGGUGUCUCCGGGGAAGAAGGCAGUCACCACCCCUGGGAAGACAGGGAACGCGAUCCCCCAAAUCAGCGGAGGUGCCCCAGCCCCAGCCAGCAGGGCUGAGAAGCCCGAGGAGGACUCAGAGAGCGGGGAGGAGGACUCCGAGAGUGAGGAGGAGGCCCCUGUGGGGGCACCCAGCCAGGUAAAGGCCUCGGAAAAAAUCCAGGGCAGAGCUGCCUUAGGUCCUGCCAAGGGGACCCUUGGGAAAGGGGCCACUCUGGCAACCCCUGGGAAGGCAGGGCCUGCAGCUGCACAGGCCAAGGUAGGGAGGCCAGAGGCGGACUCGGAGAGCAGCAGUGAGGAGUCGGACAGUGAGGAGGAGGCGCCAGCUGCCAAGGCUCCCCUUCAGGUGAAGCCCUCCGGGAAAACGCCCCAGGUCAGAGCUGCCUCAGCCCCCGCCAAGGAGUCCCCCAGGAAGGCGGCUGUCCCCGUGCCCCCUGGGAAGGCAGGGCCUGCAGCUGCACAGGCCAAGGCAGGGAGGCCAGAGGAGGACUUGGAGAGCAGCAGCGAGGAGUCGGACAGUGAGGAGGAGGCGCCAGCUGCCAAGGCUCCCCUUCAGGUGAAGCCCUCCGGGAAAACGCCCCAGGUCAGAGCUGCCUCAGCCCCCGCCAAGGAGUCCCCCAGGAAGGCAGCUGUCCCCGUGCCCCCUGGGAAGGCAGGGCCUGCAGCUGCGCAGGUGAAGGCAGGGAGGCCAGAGGAGGACUUGGAGAGCAGCAGCGAGGAGUCGGACAGUGAGGAGGAGGCACCAGCAGCGGUGCCUAUGACCUCAAAUCUGGCUCAGGCAAAGUGGUCGGGGGAAAACGCACAAGGCAAAGCCAGCUCAGCCACAGGACCCCCUGGGAAAGGUGCUGCCCCAACACCCCCUGGGAAGGCAGGGCCUGCAGCCACCUCGGCCCAGGCCUGGAAGCAGGAGCAGGACUCGGAGAGCAGCAGUGAGGAGGAGUCGGACAGCGACGGGGAGGCCCCAGCAGCUGUGGCCUCGGCCCAGGCAAAGUCAUCUGGGAAAGUUGUCCAGGUCAGAUCUGCCUCAGGUCCCACCACGGGGCCUCCUCAGAAAGCAGGGCCUGAAGCCACCCAGGUCAAGGUCAGAAAGGCCAAGGAAGACUCGAAGAGCAUCAAGGAAGAAUCAGACAGUGAGGAGGAGGUGUCUGCAGCCAUGACUCCAGCCCAGGCAAAACUGGCUGUGAAAACUCCUCACACCAAGGCCUCCCCAAGGAAGGGAGCGCCGGUUACCCCUGCGGCUGCCAGCGCCCUCCCAAGACAAGUAGGCACACCAGCCCCCUGGAAAGCAGGAACAGCGACUUCACCGGCCGGCACGCCAUCCGCAGCUGUGGCCAAGGGCACCCAGAGGCCAGAGGAGGACUCUUCAAGCAGCGAGGAAUCAGAGAGUGAGGAAGAGACUGCUCCUGUCACAGCUGGGGGACAGGCCCAGCCUGUGGGGAAAAGCCUCCCAGCGAAAGCUGCCUCCGCAUCCACCAAGGGGCCCCCAGGGAAAGGGACUGCCCAGGUGCUCCCUGGGAAGGCGGGGUCUGCGGCGGCCCAGGUCAAUGCCCAGACGCACGAGGACUUGGAGAGCAGUGAGGAAGAAUCAGACAGCAGCGAGGAGGCUGCCUCGGCCCCGGCACAGGCGGAGGCCUCAGUGAAGGCCCCUCAGACCAAAGCCAGCCCAGCUUCCGCCAGAGUGGCAGCAUCAGCUCCCGGGAAGGUGGUCACUGCAGCUGCUCAAGCCAAACAGGGGUCCCCGGCCAAGGUAAAGCUGCCAGCGAGAACGCCCCAGAGCAGUGCCGUCUCAGGGAGGGGCCAGGCCCCAGGGCCGGUGGAAGAUGACUCAGAGAGCAGCGAGGAAGAGACAGACAGCGACGGGGUGGCACCCACUCAGGCAAAGCCCCCAGGGAAGACCACCCAGGUCAGGACCACCUCGGCCCCCACCAAGGGGUCCCCCAGGAAAGGGGCUGACCCGAUACCCCCUGGGAAGACAGGACCCACAGCCGCCCAGGCUGGGAAGAAAGAGGCGGACUCGGAGAGCAGCAGCGAGGAAUCGGACAGUGACGGGGAGGCGCCGGCAGCUGGGACCCCAGCUCAGAAGGAGAGUAACUCCAAAACUGCCAGAAGCAAGGCGCUGGCCCCAGCACCCCCAGAGAAGAAUGCUGGGGGGUCCUCAGAGAGCAGUGACGAGGAGGAACUGCCAGCGAGCCAGGUGAUUAAAACCCCUCUGAUUUUUGUCGACCCUAAUCGUAGUCCAGCUGGCCAGGCUGCAGGCGCCCCGAGGAAGGCCCGGGCCUCGGAGAACACGGCCAGGAGCUCCUCCUCCGAGAGCGAGGAUGAGGACGUGAUCCCCGCCACGCAGUGCUUGACUCCCGCUGUUAGAACCAACAUGGCAACCGUGCCCACAGCCUACCCAAGGAUGACUCUUGGAGCCGGUGCAGGGGCCAGCAGCAGUGAGGAGUCUGGUCGGGUGACCAAAGGCAAGAAGCAGAAGGCACCUGCCACUCAGGUGACAGAGAGGAACCUGGCUAACCUCCCGCUGACCCAGGCCGCCCUGAAGGUCCUUGCACAGAAAGCCAGUGAGGCCCAGCCUCCUGCCGCCAAAGCCACGUCUUCAAGUCGGGUCGACAGCACCCUGGGAAAAGGCCCUGCGGCGAGUCCCCAGAGCACCCCCACGAAGGCCAGCAAACUAAGAAAACCCAAGGCUCCCGCGGUCCAGCCGGCCACAGCCCCUCCUUUGGGGCACCCCAAGGCCAAGGCCUCUGGGACCUUGGGUGGCAGCGACAGCGACAGCAGCUCUUCAGGGAGCGAGGAGGAUGCCGAGGGGCCCCGGGCGGCCCUGCUGACCCACAGGCCAGGCCCGGCGCCCCCCAGGAACGAGACCUUGGUGGAGGAGACCACAGCGGAGUCCAGCGAGGAGGAGGUGGUGGCGCCCUCCCAGUCUCUCCUCUCAGGCUAUGCGACCCCUGGGCCGAGCCCAGCCAAUUCCCAGGCUGCGAAGGCCACUCCCAAGCCAGACCGCAAUGCCUCGGUUUCCUCUUCUCCGGCUUCCAGUGAUGCUCUGGACGGCAAGCGGGAAGUGGGGCCGCAGCAAGCAGCAGUCAUGUCCCCUAAAACAGGCAGAAGAGAGCCUGGCGCCACGCUCCAGAAGCCCAGGAAGGGAGCCGGGAGCCUCCAAGCCUCGGUGCUGGCCCUGCAGAACGACAUCACCCGGCGCCUCCUGAGUGAGCCCCUGCCCCUGAGCGAGGCCCAGGUCCAGUCCUCCGUGGCGAAGGUCCUGGCAGAGCUGCUAGAGCAGGAGAGGAAGAAGGCAACGGAUGCCGCCAAGGAGAGCGGCAAGAAGAGCCGCAAGCGGAAGCCAUCGGGGGACCAGGCAGCUGCCAGGGCCCCCAAGAGCAAGAAGAAGAAGCCGCUGGUGGCCAGGGAAGGCAGGGAGGGUGCUGUUUGCUCAGAAAAGGCCCCCAGGACUACCAAGGGGAAAUCUAAGAGACACACAGCAAGUGGUGACAGUAAGGAGCAGAAGGAAAAGGAGGCUCUUGGCUCCCCAAGGGCCAAGAACAAGGCAGAAGGGGAGCCGGAGAUGGUGAAGGUUGAGGGUGGAGACCAAGCCAACCCAAAGAACAAGAAGGAGAAAAAGAAGUCUGACAAGAAAAAGAAAGACAAGGAGAAAAAGGAAAAGAAGAAAGCCAAAAAGGCCUCAACCAAAGACCCUGACUCACAGUCACCGAAGAAAAAGAAGAAAAAGAGGAAGACGGCACAGCAGACUCUCUGAGGGGCACCAGGGGGCAGAAGACCACCCACCGCAGUGUUCGUGCUGGCCCAGCCCAUGAGCCCUGCAGAGGCUGGUCCGGGGAGGCGGAGGAAGAGGAGGAGGAGGAAGAAGAGGAGGGAGUGCGCCCGGUUCCGUGAUGACCUCCACUCACUGACCCUGCGCUGACUUCUGUCCUGGCACAGGACACUUCGUACAGAUGUGUACAGUAUACAUAUAUAUAUAUAUAUAUUUUUGUAAGUGACCUGCCCCUCCCACCUCUGACCCAACGCACCCAGAGGCCUCGGGACCUUCCACCUCUUUCCCCUACAGACCCGGUGAGGCCCAACCUGGUCCUCCUCCUUCCAUGUCCCUGGUCCCCGGCUGAUGCUGAGGACUUGUCCUCUUGUCAGUUUUGCCCCCGUUUUGUGCUUUUGUAAGAGCUCACAAAAUAAAAGACUUAAAGGGAAGGUGGAAGUUCCAGUGCA